AUGUGGGAAGAGCUUCAGCAAGAGAUCCUCCCUGAUCUGCACUGGAAAAUGCACUCUGGGGAACGGCCCUACACAUGUGAGGAGUGUGAGAAUAGCUUCAUCCAGAGGUCCCACCUAAUUGUCCACCUGAAGAGCCACACUGAGGAACGGCCCUACAAGCGUGAGGUGUGUCAGAAGAGCUUCAAGAAGGCCUCCCACCUGACAGUCCACAUGAGGAGCCAUACAGGGAAGAGGCCCUAUGAGUGUGAUGAAUGCAAGAAGAGGUUUCAGAGUAGGGAAAAUCUCUUCCUGCACCAGUGGAUUCAUUCAGAGGAGAGGCCUUUCUGCUACCCUGACUGCGGGAAGAGCUUUAAGCACAACUCCCACCUCAUCACCCACUGGUGCAUCCACAGUGGGGAGAGGCCCUACAAGUGUCCUGAGUGUGAGAAGAGGUUCAGGCACAUCUCAGCCUUGACCAGACACAAACGGAGGAAGCACUAA